CAUACCAUUAAUGUGGCAGGGCUGUUGUGGUAAUUUUCGUUCGGUGUUACGUUCGGUCUGGUUCUAAUAUUUCUUUGUUAUGUUCACUUGGUGACCCAGAAGAUUAGAAGACGAAUAUUUAUUUUUGUUAUGAAAUGAAAUUACAGUUUAUUCAUCAGGAAUGAUUAUAAUCAACUUGCUUAACAAUUUCAUGAACAUGCUCUGACGAAGAAGGUUCAUUGAACGUAUCGUGUGUGACACAGCAGAUAACCUGUGGUGUUGGUUUAUCAACUCUACCACAUAUUUCACUAGUAUGAAAUUACCGUUUAACCUCCUCAGGUCCAUGUUGCCAAAGAACUUGUGUUACAGGAGUAUACAGAUGAUAGUCUUAAUAAUCCCAGCAUUAUUGUGCAUGACGUGUGUAUCGGUGAACGCUACUAAAGCAGGGAGUUUCAAUAGACCCCAGAAUCUGCCGAAGAAAGACGUGGAGGUAAAGAGGUUUUGGGGAGUACCAGACACCACUGCGACUAUAGGGAAACUUUUCAACUAUUCUAUACCUGAAGAUGCUUUCACGGGACAAGUGGAUCAGUACAAGGUGCUUGAAGCUGGUGAAUCAACACUUCCAAAGUGGUUAAAAUUUGACCAGACUGAGCACACAUUUCUUGGGGUUCCUACAUCUAAUGACCAGGGCCAGUAUUACAUCAGUGUAAAGGCUUUUGGGCCACCAGACAUAAAUGGGCACCCUUCUGUUGGGAAGGAUAUAUUCUCCAUUGAAGUAGUACCAGAGUUGCCUCACUUCUCAUCAGCCCACCUUGGUACAGAAUUUUUCCACUGUCCCAAGGGUGAGUCCAUCACUGUUGCAUCUGUGUUUGUUGAUUCUACCUUCAACGACCUAACUUCUACACAACGUGUAGAUGUUAUUUCUAAGCUUGCUUCACUUGCUGGAAUAUUGGGUGAUUUUAUAAAAAUCUCUCCUCUUACAAAAGAAUGGAAGGUUUUUGAUGAAUCAGCCUUGUUGGCAGGACCAGGAACUGUGAAAAGUAGACAAAAAGCAGGAGUAGCCUUUCAAUGGCAGGUUGGAUGUUUUGGUCUUAUUAGCCCAUCCCACAAAAGCAAAAUUUCAGAUCUAGAAUGGUUAGCUGCAAAUGGAUCUUUAGGAACUCUGCUAGGCUAUUCAGUAAUUGGUUGGAAUGUAGUUAGCCAACAGCCACUUGUGGUCCACCGGGAGAGGAGGGAAGUGAAUUUGAGAGGAACUCCUGUCCCAGAAGCGCCACUUCCUACCAAAUGGCCAACCUUCUCAGAAAUUGACGGCCCAGACGAGCCAUCGGAGGAAACAGAAAUUCCAGAAUCACGAGUGAUUCCUACAAUGGCAUCUCCAUCUUUUAUGUUACCAUCUCAUCGACAUAGACACCACCAUGGUGAAGACUUUGGUGAGGCAGGACAAAGAAAUUAUAGAGGUGGUGGUCAGGUGUCACCAUCUCCAACGUAUUACUAUCAUCAUUUACCCACAACUAAAUUGUACUCUCCAAUGAUGACACCUGUUUUUCAACCAGAAAGACCAACUGUUUAUUUCUCUCCCUCUGUCAUAGAAGAGUUGCAGCCAAGUAGAAGCCAACUGGAAGAAAUGACUCCUGUAGAUACCCUUCUCUCAUCUCCAGUAAUGUCAGAUACAGAAUCUUCAUUGCCAACAGAAAGAAUUGUUCUUUCGUCAGUAGCUGAAUCAUCUUUCAUCCAACCCACUAAGACGUACAUACCAGAAAAGCCAACUAAAAAACCAAUAAUACCUAUUAACUACAAGCCAACAGUUCAAAAUCACAUUAAAAAGUUACAGCUCUAUACUGGUCAAGUAUGGAGUUGGGAGGUACCUGAAGAUACUUUCUCAGAUUAUGAAGAUGGUAGCACAAGGAAUCUAAAGUUAAUAUUCAUGACAGUAAAAAGAAUGGCAGUUUCACCAUCACUGUGGAUUCAGUUUGAUCCUGAAAGACAGAAACUGUAUGCCCUCCCUUUUGCACAAAACAUUGGCAAGUAUGAUUUUAUUUUGGAAGCCAUGGACAGCCAUGGGAUGUCUACAUUUGACCAAUUCCAGAUUCAAGUGUUGGAAGAUCCAUCACAAUUAGGUCUCCAUCAUGAAUUCAUAAUGACUCUAAAAUAUGAGAAAUGGAGGUAUCUUAUUAACAUUGACUGGGAAAUAGAAGUAGUUAAAAAACUUGCAAAAGUGUUUGGUGAUGAAGAUACCACUCAUAUCUCUGUCCAGUCAGUGACCCAAGAACCUCCAUCUCUAAGUUGGACAAACUUCUCGCUUCCAAAUUACCCUUGUCCACAGGAAGCUAUUGGUAUAUUAAUGAGGAAGCUUGUUGCUAAUGAUAGAGAUCGUCCAUCAAAGCUUCUGAGAAAAACAAUGAAGCCAGAAUUCAACAUACAGAAGAUAGAUGUCAACUUCCAUGGAAUAUGUGAUGUAUCACCAAGUCCCACAGACACCAAUUUUUCACCAAGAUUACAAAAUCCAGUUGACACUGUUAAAAUCAAAGUGGGAGAAAUACUUCAGUUUACAAUUCCAGAAAAUACUUUUUAUGAUAUUGAGGAUGGCAACACUAUUAAUCUACAACUGUUACUUCUAACAUCUGACAACAAAGAACUUGCACAAUCAUCCUGGAUUCAGUUUAACUCAGAUUCACAGGUAAUAUUUGGUCUUCCUUUUGAAGAAAACAUUGGAAGUCAUGAGUAUCAGCUUAUUGCAAUUGAUGGAGAAGGAAAAGAGGUCAGUGAUGUUUUUGUUGUUACUGUAGAAUCACCACCCCACAUGGAAAACAGUGUAGAAUUUAGUGUACAUAUUGAUACAGACUUUGGGGAGAUAAACCAAGAUAUGAGUAAAAAGAUACUUGUUGCUCAUAAACUAGCGAGUGUUUUUGGUGAUCCUAAUCCUCAAUACUUACAAAUAUUAUCUAUUACCAAUGGCUCAGUUGUAUACACAUGGACUAACAAUACUCUUCCAUCAGAGCACUGCCCAGAAGACACAAUAAGUGAGCUUAUUAAUCACAUGCUUGUGUUAAACAAAACAGUCUCGGAAAGAUUUAUUCAGAAAAUGGGCCCAGAAUUCAAAAUUGAUCAGGUUAAUGUUGAUCCACAAGGUGCAUGUAUAGGUGUUUUUACUCCUAUCUCUGCAAAACCUGAACAACCCCUUGAAGAGCCAGCAGUACCAGAUGAUGAUAUUUAUAUCACUACUGUUAUCCCUGCUGUUGUCAUAGUAAUCAUGCUUAUUAUUGCAGUUAUGGUUGCUUGCUUUUUGUACCGUCGGAGACGUAAAGGAAAGAUGAAAAUGGAAGAUAGUAGUUCUUUUAUGAACAAAGGUGUACCCAUUAUUUUUGCAGAUGAACUUGAUGAAAAACCAAAACCUGCCAAAUCACCUUCCAUAAUGAAAGAAGAGAAGCCACCUCUGUCCAGUCCAGAGAAUGGGAAGACUGCAGAGGAAGCUGCUCAACACAUUCCUCUUCUUCCUAAAAACUCAGAACCUAGUCCUGAUUCAAGCUCUUCCCCACUGUAUCACCCACCACCUCCCUUUACCACAAACAGAGACAGUAAAAAUACCCGACCAAAGACAGCACCAACCUACAGGCAGCCUCCACCUUAUGUUCCUCCUUAAUGCUUACUUAAAACAUUGUGCUUUGCCCAUAACUUUGGAUGAUACUGAACUACAGCAUCAGUUGGAAGUGCCAGAUCUUCUUACAUUUUAUGUUAUACAGUGACGCAUCUGUUUCUGUGUCAGAGUUUCUCAUUAUUUAGCAUAGUUUGUUUCUAGUAUUCUCUUUUAUUGACUUUAAAGACAAUAAAAUAUCUAGACUUUUCUAUUGCUCCUUUUUGAUGUAGAGGAAAAAUUAUCACUAAUUUCAGACAUAUUCUGAGGAAAAGUAUUGAUAAUCAAGCUUUGGAUGUGUUACAACUACUAAAACAUUUUGCAAGGAGAAAAUAAAAGGAGAAAAAUUAUCUUAGGUCAUGCAGCAUGGAAACGUGAAUUUUGGCAACUUUCAGUAUAUAGACUUUUUUUUGUUUUUUACAGUCAGUUUAGAUCCAAAUUAAUUGUAUCAUCAAGUGAAAAAUAUCAUUACUUUCACAAUAUGCUAAAUAUUAAUUUCAUUACUGUUUUACUGUCAAAGAAUUAUUGUUUUCAUUGUGUUCCUAACAUCAUUUAAAUUGUGGUAUUCAGUGUCAUUCAUAAUACUUUCUAUUGUUCAGAGAAUAUGAAAAAAUUAAAAAAGCUGUUCAAAAAAACAAGAGGUUUGGUCACCUUUUGAAGAAAUGACAUUCAUAAGCUUUUGAUACUAUUUUUAUAUUUUGACCACAUUGCAUAGUAUCUUCAAGUCUUUGAAAUUUGUGUCUUUAUAGCAUUCUUGUCACAGACUGGCAAAUAACUAGUAUAAAUAGUCUUGCUUCUAUCUAAAAUUCUUGUAAAUGGUACUGGUGUAGUGUUUAUUAGGUUAAUUGGAGCUUAUCCCCAUGUAUUGUAUAAUAGUUAAACAAAUGAAAAAUAGAGUAAGGUGUUUGUUCAUAUAUUAAUCAAAGUUCUUGUGUGUGUGUAUACAUAUUUCAUUCUGUUUUCAAGCUGAAAGUUACACUAUGAUUAGUAUUUGAAAAGUUGUAUACUAUUAAAUAAAAUUUAAAGUUAAACAGAGUUACUAUAUUAUAUUCUUUCUGUCGAAUAACUAAAUUUGGAAAUUUUUCUCUAAAUCAAUUUUACAAGUUAGCUGGGCAUUCCUCCUACUUAUUUGUUGAAGUUUUCAAUGUUUGUUAAGACUAUCCUGAAAACUUUGUUAAACUCUCAGCUCGACAACAGGAGUAUUUCUGUGAACUGGUAUUUCUACUAAAAAAUUAACUUUACUAGCCAUUUAAGUCUCAAGCAUAUUAAAGAUAACUGACCAGUUACUACAUGUGAUCAGUAAUUUAAAGUCUAUAAUUUAUAACUGUUGCCAAAUUUUCUUAGUUGUAGAAGUUAAUUUCAAGCUUUGGUGUGUAGUUCAAUCACUAUGAAUCAAAAAAUACUUGAAUUUUGAUGUGUUUUUUUUUUGCUUAAGAUUUUUGGUUAAAAUCAAGAUCAGUUGUUUGUCUUUUUAGUAAGCAAGAUAUUUGAAUUAUAUGAUACUAAAACUUGUUAUAAAAUUGUCACACUAACAAAGUAAACUAUAUAAUAUUGCUAAUAAAUUUUUAUAUGAGAGCAAAAUAAAAUUGGCUUUUAAGUUAGUUUUUGAGAGCUGAAAAUAAUAUCAGUAAAAUAUAUAUUUUGAUACACAAAAUGUAGGAAGUAGAUCUUUGACAGUAAAGAUUACUUUGAUAUACUUUAAAUUUCAAUGAAAAAGACUUAUUCCUGAACACUAAUAAAAAAAUUAACCAUUCUUGUUAGCAUGAUUCUAAAGGAAUCCACCCCAAAUGUGCAUUUGUAAUUAACUCAACUGACUUUUGGAAGCAUGAUGUAAAUUUAAUGUUAUAGUUUUCCAUUAUCAAGUAAUUAAAAACUACUUAUACAUGUGUACAUUAGGUUAUGUUACUGUUUUUUAAUGCUACAUCUGAAAUAAGAGAAGUUUGUAUGUACAUGAAAAAAAGAGGCAUUUUUAUAACAUUUUGUUUAGAAAGUUUUUCAAUGUCACAUGUUGAAAAGAUGGAGAAAUCAGUCCUGAAGAUGUACUAUAGAUUAAGAAUAAAAUUUAACAUUAUUCAUGGUACAAUGCAUAAGUUAUAUAUAUAACGUUCUAAGUAAAAGGUUAAAUUUUUAAAGUUAAUUACUUCUUGCCAGGUUCCUGUGAUGCAUUUGGUUUAUGACUAAUUCUUAUGCUAUGUUUUUGUUAUCAACACUAAUAACAUAUAAGUUAUAAAAAUUAUGCUUCAUGGUUGAUAAGAGAGAACAAUGUGAUUUGUAUCAUAUCUGGUUUUGGUAUUGCAGUUAUAUUUAUGAGAUGUUUAUCAAAAAAAAAAUUCAUUUCUUAGUCAAUUUGGAUCCAUAAACUUUAUUUUUUUUAUUUUUACACAUUUUGAGUAGGGUAUCCGACUUGUUUUAUUAAUCUAGAUUUAAACCUUCUACACAUUUAUUGCUGGCAGCUUUUGAAGGUUAAUUAUAAUAUUGUGUAUCAUGAUUUAGAACUUACUAAAUAAUACAAGGCUCUUCUUUAAAUAAUCGGGUACAAAAAUGUAACUCAUUUGACCUUAUGUUUUCUGCAAAAAAGAAAGGGAAAUUGAAAUGUAAUCUUUUACAUGUGUACAUUUUUAGAUAGAUACAAAGGAAUAAACACUUUGAGCAGCUUCUCAUGUGGAAGAAAACAAAAAUAUUUAACUGAACUAGUGUUUGUUUUCACAAAGUAAUUAUAACAGGUAUAUCUUGUUCUUAUAAGGAUUUUUUGUGUUCAGGAAAAAUAAAUCCUCCCAAAAACUA